AUGGUAUCUUCAAAAUUAGAAUCUAAGAUACCGAAAUCCUUGUUUUUGUAUAGUUUUCUCUUUGGCAUCUUCGUUGUAAUAGUCAUUUAUAUCGCUACCAUGCAUAAAGACGAGUUUAUUAAUCGAUCUACCCAGACAAUGCCCUCAGAAACGAUUGAAGCUCCCACUACUAUCAGCGUAGCUGUCCAAACUAUGCCUCAGCCUGAAGAGAAAGCAUGUGACGAAACAACCGAACCAGAAUUGAACCAAGAUAAACUCUCCAAUGGAGAUAACACUGCUCGCCAAGUGCUCACUGAGAACGCUCUUAAUGAAGUUAUUCAACUUGUCCCAGGUAGUAUCUUUACAAUCCCAGAUGACGAUAUGCUCUGCGAAUCGGACCCAGGAUACUACACUGGCCCCGGACCUGACUCUCAAGAACAGUACAAAGAAGCCCAAGCAAGAACUAGGAAGCAGCGCUCACGAUCUAGAAGUAAUAGCUCACUUCGAAACCUAAGCAAAGACCUCAGUCCUGAUAAGACCGAAAGCCAACCACGCCGGCUCAAGUCCAGAGGUUCAUCAGAAAGCAACAGCAAUAGUGAGUUCCGCCGGCCCAACAGUCGUGUAGGCAUUAUUGACCGUAGUCGAGGCAUUCGUCGUUCGGAUGGUGAGAGACCCUCAAGUAGUGAGAAUGAGAUGAAUAACGAUCAAAGUGAUGAGAUUCAAGUUGAUGGAAUUAAGAAUGGUAAAGGCCAAGUUGACAAAGAUCAAGCUGAUCAGUGCACUAAUCCAAUUGAACGUACUCCAGGCGAUGGUGCCUCAGAUGAUGGCAAUAAUGGCCCGGGAUGCCUUGGUGAACGUACUCCAGGCGAUGGGUGUUCGAAUCCUGAUGAAAGUCAAGGGAAGAAGAAGCCUUCUAAUAAGUCCUCAACUACUAAUACUCAACCCACUGAUACUAAGCCGCCUAAUAAUGCAGCAUCUGCUGCUGCUAAACACACCGCUAGUUUUAGGGACUUUGAUACCGAACCGACCAGAGAAGAUGGCUCUACUGCUCCUAGGAACAGAACGAGUUCUGAUAAGUCGACGCGCCCAACUCUACAGAGCAUCCGCAACAAGAACUUUACUGGAACCUUAGCCAAGCUCAUCAAAACGGUCGAGGAAGUAAGCCCACUGGUAGACUUCGCCACAUUCUGUUUAUCCAAUCUGCCCGACGAUGAGAAGAUGUUCUUCAUGCACAUUUCUGUGUUAAACCGUUUGCACGCUAUGGGAGCUAUCGUGACUAUUCCAAGCACACCCUCUACCCCGAGUAUUAUGAGCUCAAAUCCCGAAAAUGGUGAUCUAUCUAUAUCCACUUCUCUGGAUAAUAUCGAGGGCUGGCUUAAACUUUGCAAUCCACAAAAUCAUGGCAAUCGCCAAUUGUUCUUCGAACGAGAAUGGUCUGACUGUUCUGUGAAGGAAAUACUCGGCGAUCUCAUUAAGAUUAUGUGGGAUAGUGAUGUGGAUGUUUCGAUUAAUUUCAGUAUAUUCCGUAAUCUUAUCGACCAAGCCCAGUUUCUUCAUACACUGCCUAGCUCUUUCCAGAUCCGCUGCUUUAAGCUCACUAUACUCUCUGGCAUCCCCCAACACCUCCCUAGCCCACCUGACUUGGUUACAGCAGACCUUGCGCUGAUUAGUCGGAUUCUGUCUUGUUUCAACUACAUUUCCCUUUCCAUGAUCAACUUAUUCUGUCCCAAUGGGGAACUAGCCAAUUGUCCUCCUCUUUCCAACAAUUCCAGGCUAAAGGACAUUCAUGUUAGGUUCUUGCAAUUCAACAAUUCUCAGCCAGAGCUUAUCAGAUACGUCUUACAGGGCUUUAGCCAGAGAUCCCCCCUUCCUUCUUUGAUCAUAUACAACUGCGACCUCCAGGACUGCAAUGUUCUCCAACACUUCGUGCUAAAACCUCCAGCCAAGCAAAGUAUUUCCAUGCGCAAUCUAGCCAUUAUUAACAGUACUAACGUCGAUCUCAACCAAAUUGCCUCUUUUACCAAUAAGGACUGGCUAGCUACUCAGAUUGAUGAUCUUUGUUUCUUCAACCUUACUCUUACCUCCAAAACAUUCUCCAACUUCUUUAUUGCUCUAUCUCAGAUGACUCUGAAUCGUCUAAUACUUGAUCAGCUCUUGGUCUGGUCGUGCCAGCCAGGCAUGAUAAUCGCCGACUCUUCUCUCCCCGAUGUUGUGAUCGACACUUUAACCCCGCAAGACAGGCCCGUAGAAAUCUUCGCUCGCCGUAGCUUAAGUCUCCCUAUCUCUAAAAUCCUCGAUCCCCCCACCAACCCGUCGGUAACCCAGAGCGAGGCCAAAUUGGCCCUUAUAUCUGCUUCACAACAAACUAUAGUGCGCACGGAGAACAACACAACCAACUAUGCCUUCUUUCGACACCUCAACCUUAAAAUAGUCUUGCGGGUCCCAGACAACAACAAACCUUUACCCAAACAAGGCAAUCCCAGUCCUCCCCUCAUAGUACCUGACGCCCAGCGCCGACAGAACGCCCCAAUCACACCAUGA